UUUGCAAACUAUGCCAUUUUGGGUCUUCAAGCUUGAAUAAUGAAUUGAAAAUUUCGAGAAAUUUGAUCAUCGAUGCUAAAUAAUGACAGGAUCAGGCUCGACUGUAUUGUCCCUUGUUGUUAGUUUGUUUAGAGUGGCUUUGCAUCUCUGAACUAACUAAAUUUCAAGUUUGUUUUCCAAACCGAUCAUCUAAUCGCAAUCGAAUGAAUUCAAAUGAACAGUCUUUUGAUAUUUUUGCAACUGAAAAUCUUGGUUCUUCACCAUGGGAAAUGGAAGUUCUGCAGCUACAGGGACUGAGAAAAUUGUCCAAGUUCAGCCAAGAGUUGGUGCAGCAAAUUCAUUUUCACAACCGCAGCAACCAAGUUAUGGUUUUGUAAACAACAACCAGCAACUGAAUUAUUACAACAGGCAACAUGAAAUUGUGAACACGGAUUGCGGGCCGGACGAACUAGACGAGGGAAUAGAGAGUGCUUUAGCUCCCCAAGUAAGAGACUUUGGUCUAGAAACUCAUAAACCGAGACUUGAGAGACACCAUGGGAAAAAAGAGAAACAGAGGCAUAGUGAGACGAGGCCUAAAGGAAAUAACAACAGGGCUACAAGUGCUAAUGAUGAAAUUGUGUUUGAAGUGUUCCAUGAUCAGCGUAGUGGCCGGGAGUAUACUGUCAUUAAUAAGGACGGCACAAGAUUUUACUUGGAUUCAUGGGCAACAGAUGAAUGGCAGCCCUUCCCAGAUGAGUGGUUAUCCUGUGGAUUUAUCCAGAGCAAUGACAGGAACAAUCCCCAAUCUCAGAAUGUUUCCACAAGUGAUGUAAGACUCGAUGAGACUGGGAACAGCUCCACAAAUGAUAUGAAUGAUGACCGCUUGGGUUUCCUGGACCACCCUACAAAAGGACAUCUUAUGACAUACUUUUUUGAGGAGCAUCGUAAUGUGCACUGCAUGUUCGACCCAGCGUCUGGUACUUGGUUUAAGCUGCCAUUGAGCUGGGAGCUGCAUUCCCCGCCAAUCAAGGAAAUGAUUGACAGCAUCCAGGACACACUGCCGACCUGGACUGACAGGCAUGAUAUCCUUGCGAUGUUACGGCAGUGCAACUAUAACAGCGAAGAGGUGGUGUCAACUUAUUUGUCCAUUUUACAUGGGGAUUAUUGGCAAAAACGAAUAGAGAAAUCUAAUCCUGUGAUAGGGGAAUCUGACCUUGCACUAGAACAUAAAAAUUCUGAGAUCACAAGACUCAAAAGAAAAGUGACUGACCUAGAAGCGGCCUUAGAAUCUAAAGAUUCCCUACUUGAGCAGAGUCUAGAUGUUGAGAGACGAUUGAAGUAUCAUUUAGAUGAGUCUGACUCAACAAUAAAUGAUCUUUAUUCCAAAGUCACAGGUCUUAAAAGAGAGUUAAUCGUUGCAGAAAAGAAACUCACUGAAGCAAAGCCUACUACUCCCAAAUCAACACCAAUGCAAUCCCCUAUGAAAGCAAACAUCUCAAUGAAAACAGCUUCUUCAGUCAAAAUGUCUUUCAAGUUGCUAUUCAAUGAGGUUGGUCAUCUUCGGGAAGUGUUUUCUAGAGGCAGAUCUGAAGUGAUAGAAACCUUGCAGCAAGCAUCAAAAGCUAUUAACAGCUUACAACUCAAUAAUAAAUCACAUGACAGCGAAAUAGAAGAAUUAAAAGCCCUAUACCAUAAAGAGGCUCUUCACAGAAAACUCCUCUAUAAUAAAUUACAAGAGUUGCGUGGAAAUAUCCGGGUAUUCUGUAGGUGUAGGCGUGACCCUACUGUAGAGGUUGCUGUGACUUUUCCUUCCGACCAGGAAAUCCAGGCUGUUGGCCCAUCAGGCCGAAAGACAUUCAUGUUUGACAGAGUUUUUACUCCGGACAGCACUCAGGAACAGGUUUUUGAGGAUACACUGCCACUCAUUGCAUCUUGUGUUGAUGGCUAUAAUGUCUGUAUAAUGGCAUAUGGGCAAACAGGGGCUGGGAAAACCUUCACCAUGAUGGGGCCUGAAGAUAACCCUGGAGUGAAUGUUAGGUCUAUACUUGAACUCUUGCGAGUUUGUAACGAGAGACCCAAUGUGGAUUACACCUUGUCCUUGUCUAUGCUUGAGGUGUAUAACGAGACACUGAAGGACCUUUUAGAAGAGUUCGGCUCUGGUGGUGGAACCCAGCUAAGUAUUCAGCUAAAAGGGAAGCAAGUUGUUGUGCCGCAUCUGACGGAGAUACAGGUCAACUCGGCCAAGGCUAUCAGGACUAUCAUGGCCAAAGGUGAUGCAAACAGAUCAGUUGGUGCCACGAAGAUGAACACGAGUAGCUCACGAUCCCACCUUGUUCUCAUCCUGCACAUUAACGGAGUCGACAAAAUAUCCCACGCGAUCACACACAGCACUCUAACUCUAGUCGACCUCGCCGGCUCGGAGAGAAUUUCAAAGACAGAGGCCACCGGGCAAAGGCUUGUAGAAGCCGCAGCGAUAAACAAGUCGCUCUCUGCUCUAGGUCAAGUGUUCACAGCACUACGGACCAACGCCAUGCAUGUCCCUUACAGGAAUUCUAAACUGACUCAGCUUUUGCAAGGGUCUUUAGGGGGUGAUGGGAAGGCAUGUAUGUUUGUUAAUGUUAGCCCUGCAGAGUGGAACCUUAGUGAGACAAUUAGUACUCUGCAGUUUGGGGCAGGAGCCAAACAGGUGCAGCUAGGGAAAGCUACUCAAAAUAUCACCAGAGCUCCAGUCAAAUGAAAUAUUUCGAUGUCGCACAAGUAACUAGAAAGGAAUUAGAGUGUUUUUCAUUAAACCGUGAAACAAAGUGUGGUAGUCAAACAAACGAUAAUAGUAAAACACAAAAGAGAACAAUAAAAUCAGAUCGAAAUAAAGUGUAAUACGCUAAAGUGUAGUUCACGGGUUAAUAAAAAUCACUCUACUAGCUAGUUACUACUUUUCUUGCUGGUCUUCGUGGUCCUAGCGUGAUCGCUCCUGCCAUCGAAGAGGAGCUCAGUCCUGCCGUCCAAGAUGAAACCAAGGACGAGCCACCGAGCGUAUAUUAUAGUGAAUGCAAUCUUAUAUUAAAAAUUCCAUGUGAAAACUGU